AUGGCAUCCAUUUACCACACCACUUACCGCAAUGCCCAACACCCGCUUCCAGAACUGCCUCAGAUCAAGACCGUGCAAAUAUGGGAUGAGGUAUUUACUCAUCAAAGCUUGCCUAACAAUAACGGAGUGUUAAGUAUCCUCGGACAAAAUGUCCUGGCCACCUGUGUCGCAGAGUGGCUAAUCGAUGCUGAUCCUGCCUUGUCUCAUGAGGAACUUAGGGUACGUAGUAAUGAACGACUUCAACGAACUAUGCUUUCCGCCUUUGCGAUGGCGUACGACCUACCACAACUACUUCGGUUCGCAAAAAACAUGCCACCUAUGAGUAAAUUCACAAUCGAAAAUGAAGCCGCGGUUUUCGAGGCUUUCGUUGGUGCCGUACACCGUGAAUAUGGCUUUGAUACCGUCAAGGAAUGGCUGUAUGCUUUGAUGGACUGGGAUAAUGUGUAG